AUGGACGAGCAACAUUUCUUGACCAACCCAAGCGAAUAUUUCUUCGAUGGCGGCCUUUCUUCCUUCAUCUAUGAGGACGAAGCCACGGCUCCCACCUACGCUACUCGGUCCUUGUCGUACCUCGAUUCCGUUCUACAAGAUCCGAACAACCGUCUCAGCAAAUCGUCAUCCGCAAAGUACAAAAGCGACGACUUAUUGGAUCAUAUAACAUCCAAAUCAGAUGAUAAGUUUACGGAGCCAACUUGGCCUCAUAGCCGGGUUGAAAUGUCCUACUCAGAGAUCAACAACCAAAACAACGUCGCAAGGGACAACGUGGCCAGCGCAAACAAGUGGUGUACCGUACACACGCUACGGAUGCUGUCCCGAAGGGACAAGCUUGCGGGACCGAGACUCUUCGCGUCUCCUCGCAUUUUUGGGUUACUAAUCUGGGUUUGGGGGAGUAGAAAUCACGGAUAUAGCUGGGAUUCCUAUGAGGGGGCAUUGAGCAUGUGUGCGUAUGGGGAUGGAUACCAGACUUCCAUGAUGAGCAAAGAUGCUCCGGGAUUCUAUUCUAAAUAUGAUCCCUUUCUGGCUGUAUUUCCACACGCCAAUGAUCAUACGGGAGCCGGAGAGCAACUGGCCCAGUACGGCUUACCGGCCCCGGACGAAUUAGCUAGUUUCGAGACUGAAGUCACCAAUUCUAUGCCCAUAUUCGAAGCCCCAUGUGCGGAUGAUCUGGGCAGGUAG